AGCCUAUCAUAGGAGAGCAAUUUCAAUAACACGGGUAUAUCGUACUGUGAUGUCAUAUGUCAAUAAUGAUUGUAUAAAUUCUCUAAGCACUGAUGUUAUUCAUUAACACGUGACAGAAUAACAGUGUGCCCAUGUUAGACCGAACAGUAGAAGGACACUUUAGUCAAUGACUAAUCAAGUAUCAAUAAUUUAGUUAUAUAAUGUACACUACUUGAAUUAAAGUUUAUGAAUACAUAAAUAUUUAUGGAAAGCAAGAGCAAUUGGGAUAAGCAUUUUGAAUUCUUGAAGCUUUUUUCUGCACCAAACACAAAGUAAAGCAAUGCCAUUUCCACCCAUUUAAAGUGAAAGAAACUAAGACUAAGAGUACUACUACACAAACACACGAGAAGAACACACAAAAAGAUUGUGAAGAGAGAGAGAGAGAGAGAGAUGUACAGGCUCAGUAACACAGUGAUAGGGUUCUUGAACCUCGUCACUCUCUUAGCAUCAAUUCCGAUAAUCGCUGCAGGUCUAUGGAUGUCAAGGAGCAGCACCACAUGUGAAACUUUCCUCCAAACUCCACUUUUGGUGGUAGGUUUUGUGGUGCUCGUGGUAUCCCUAGCUGGGUUCAUUGGUGCCUGCUUCCAUGUGGUAUGGGCACUCUGGGUGUACUUGGCGGUGAUGCUGCUGCUGAUUGCAACCCUAAUCGGUUUGACAGUGUUUGGGUUUGCGGUUACAAGCAAAGGUGCUGGAGUGGAGGUGCCUGGUAGGGUUUAUAAGGAAUACCACCUUGAGGAUUACUCACCAUGGUUGAGGAAUAGGAUUAAGGAUCCUAAUUAUUGGAGUAAGAUUAGGAGUUGCAUCAUGGGGUCUAAAACUUGUGCUAAGAUUGUUGCUUGGACACCUACCGAUUAUCUUCAAAGGGACAUGUCUCCAAUACAGUCUGGUUGUUGCAAGCCUCCAACUUCAUGUAAUUACGAAAUGGCAACCACAGUGACUCAAGACCAAGAUUGCUACCGUUGGAACAAUGCGCCCAAUUUGUUAUGUUAUGAGUGUGAUUCAUGCAAAGCUGGAGUUCUUGAAGAUAUCAAGAGGGACUGGCACAAGAUCUCUGUCCUCACCAUUGUCGUGGUGGUUGUUCUCAUUGGAGUAUAUUCAAUUGGUUGCUGUGCUUUCCGCAACGCAGAACGAGCUGAAACGGAUUAUCCAUAUGGUCAUAACAGGAUGAGUAAAAUCCGCCCCCGAUGGGACUACCAUUGGUGAGUUUAGUCCCAUUGGUGAGUUUAUAGUGGAGAAACUGGCAUCACAGAAGAGAGCAGCUUUAUUAGUUGAAAGAAACUCUUAUCUUCUACUGGUUAUUGUAAAUCUUAUUGUUAGGUGUGCUUAAAGAUGGGACAAUUCAGUGGUUUUUCCAGUGCAUUCGAAAUUGGAGAGCUCUGAUCAAAUUUUCUUUUGUUUUUGUACAGACUUUUUUAAUUUAGUUUUUUUUUUGUUUUUGUUUUUUUUUUUGUUGUAAAAAGAUGGAUUUUACUUUUUUCUUAUCUCUGCCUUUCUUUCCCUACUUUAUUUUGUAAAAUAUCAUGCCAUUGCUAAUGUAUAUCAUUUCCUUUA